AUGGUUCACUAAGUGUUUAUAGGGAAAAGGCUACUUGAGUUUUAAAGAAGCACUUGAACUGUUGCAAUGAAACCAAGAGCAACAGCAGGGAGGCUCAAGCAGCAUAGACAUCUGAAACACCAAGAGCAUCAUCUAAAGAAGAACAGUAGGACAACACUGGCUGUAGUACAAGAUCAACUUAGAGGCCACUGUCAGAUUUGGUACCUGAACCCUUAUUACAGCACCAGCAAGUAAGCAGAACCCAAAGGAGCAGUUGUUUGUACCAAGCUGUAGAAUAAAGACCAAGAGAGACUGGCAGACAAUCUAGAGGAGAAAACUGCUAAACAGGAGGCCUAGAGAACUGCUGCCGCAUAACAUAUUUUUCCAGAUCAUGUAAAACCUGGUGCACUCUACUUUUGAGAUGGCUCCUUAUCAAAUGCUCUACUUGCCCCACUGCCUCCUGCAUCUGAUACUUUUUCCACCCUAUAUUGGUGCCACCUGCCCCGUUGGCUGUGAAUGCACAGAAGGGACGAACCACAAAACCACCUGCAGGAAUGUGCAUGAACUUCCAGAGGUGCCUCCAUAUACAGAGACAUUGUACCUGCAUAAGAACAACCUUCUGGAUGAGCUUCAUGAAGAGCUGUUUUUGGGGGCUAUUAGUGGACCAAAUUUAUUAGACAUGUCACAGACAGCAAUCACCUCCCUGCCAACAAAAGGUUUGGAGAAUUUAAAGCAUCUUCUGGCCCAAAGCACAUGGACUUUGAAGAAACUUCCCCCAAUUAAGACUUUUGCACAUUUAAGGAAAGCAGAUUUGUCCUACCCAAGCCAUUGCUGUGCUUUCCAGAACUGGACCAAAAAGAAAAGUUACUUGGAGUCAGUAAUCUGCAAUCAGUCCAUGUUGCACAGCCCCACCAGGAAAAGGUCACUUGGUACGUUUGUGGGUCCUUACUACCAAGAUUACCUGGAGGGGUAUUCUGAUCAGACAGAGAAUUCUAAGGUGACCGACUUCCAUAGCAACAAUCACUAUUCUGUUUUCUUUGAAGAACAAGGGGAGGAAGAGGUGGGUUUUGGGCAAGAGAUAAAGAAUGCUCAGGGUGAAAAUGCACCAGCAUUUGAGAAUCACUAUGAAAUCAUCAUAUGUGGGGGCAGUGAGAAGCUGGAGUGCACUCCAGAACCUGAUGAGUUCAACCCAUGUGAGGACAUCAUGGGGUACAACUUCUUGCGCAUUGUUGUUUGGUUUGUAAACCUCCUGGCCAUACUGGGGAAUGUGUUUGUAUUGUUCAUACUGGUCACCAGUCAUUAUAAACUGACUGUCCCUCGUUUCCUCAUGUGCAACUUAGCUUUUGCGGACUUCUGUAUGGGUAUUUACCUUCUCCUUAUAGCCUCAGUAGAUGUCCACACCCGUUCGGAAUAUUAUAACUAUGCAAUUAACUGGCAGACUGGGCCUGGCUGUAAUGCAGCUGGAUUCUUUACCGUGUUUGCAAGCGAGCUUUCAGUUUAUACACUGACUAUGAUAACUCUGGAACGUUGGUACGCCAUCACGUUUGCCAUGAGGCUGGACCGUAAAAUCAGGCUGAGGCAUGCUUCAUUCAUCAUGUUGGGUGGAUGGACAUUAUGCUUUUUUUUGGCACUUCUACCAUUGGUUGGGAUUAGCAGUUAUAUCAAAGUCAGCAUCUGCUUACCCAUGGACACAGAGUCAGCUCUAUCUCAGGCUUACAUUAUCUUUGUACUGAUGCUCAACAUCAUUGCAUUCAUCAUCAUCUGUGCUUGUUACAUCAAAAUCUACAUCACAGUCCGGAACCCUCAGUACAAGUCUGGCGACAAAGACACAAAAAUUGCAAAACGUAUGGCUAUACUAAUCUUUACUGACUUCAUCUGCAUGGCACCCAUCUCAUUCUACGCUUUGUCUGCCAUUAUGAACAAACCACUCAUCACUGUUUCGAAUUCUAAGAUUUUGUUGGUACUUUUCUAUCCACUUAACUCCUGUGCCAACCCGUUCCUCUAUGCCAUAUUCACCAAGGCUUUUCGCAGAGAUGUCUUCAUCCUUCUCAGCAAAUUUGGUAUGUGUGAGCAUCAAGCACAGGUUUAUCGGGGACAAACUGUGUCAGCAAAAAACAGCAGUGGAUCCUGUUGCCAGAGGGAGAGUGGUGGGACUGGGCAGACACUGGCAAACUUGAGCGAUUUUCAAAAACAAGAACAACCUGAGGGGGCAGUGCAGAACCCUCUCCUCCUGGAAGACUGUAGCCUGACAGCAUUUUAG